AUGGCUGCCGCGCGAAACAUCGCUUCUCUCGUAAAACGACUUCAGCCGUUUACUUCUUGCGAUGCGGCCGAUGCGCUUGUCAAGCUGGGUGUCCCUUCGGGCGGAUUCUUACCCGGUCUCAAGGCGCACAGCCCAUCAUACCUCUCCACAAAGGUCAAGGUCAUCGCCCCUGUUCAGACCAUAAAAUUCGAGAGGAACGAUCAGAAGGGAAAGAAGCCAGAGAUCGUCGGUCACUACGUCGAUCAAGUCAAAUCUGGUCAUGUGGUUUUCUUGUCACAACCUAGCGGGCUUUCGAAUGCCUGUUGGGGUGGAUUGAUGUCCAUGCGAUCUCGCCAUCUCGGUGCUGUAGGAACGAUCAUCGACGGAAACGUUCGCGACAUCGCGGAACAACAGAGCAUGGAAUGGCCCGUCUUCUGUCGAGAUGUGGGAACGACCGCCGGGGCCCCUGUGUGCUUUCCAUCGGCCAUAGACGUCCCUGUCAAGCUCAAUGAUCCGCGAGAACCCGAUGCAACCAUCAACCCCGGCGAUAUCAUCAUGGCCGACGCUGAUGGCAUCGUCUGUAUCCCUCUCGACUUGGCGGAAAAGGUAGCCGAGAUGAUCCCACAACUGGCAGAGGUGGACAGAUUGUGCGGAGAGGAUGUUCUGAAGGGAAGGAGCAUCACCGAGACUUUCAAGGAAAGGAGGGGCCGAUUGAGAUGUUGAGCGGAUGCGCUCAAGGAGGUUGCAUAUUGUAUAUCGGCA